AUGCGCCGGGCCAAACUUAUUUUUUACGAAAAAGCAGGCGCUAAAUCAGACAUGCCAUCUCGACUCGAUCGGAACAGCGGGCGGGAAGAAAGCGAUCCCGUAGUUAUACAAUCUGUCAAUGCUACCCGGGAAUCGUCCACACUGACAAGCCGAGAGUUCACGAAGCACGUUGAAAUCAAUGAAAAGUCAUUUCAGCAGCCGAUCUUGGAGAAAUCAAAAGAGAUUAUUUCGAAAAAGCGGGAAAGAGCGAAAAAGUGGCGUGACAAAAAAGCACAAGGAAAGAAGCCUGUGAAAACCGGACAAACAACAGUUGGAAAUCGAGCAGGUCCAACUGAGUCUGCAUCGAUCCUCGGAGAUCAGCGCCAUACCGAUCAAUUAAAUAUCGUCACGUCUGUAUGCAUCGAGAAUGACAUGGAAACACAGCAACGUUCGGACGAUACUAAACAGCCAGCACACUCCCUACCGACCCCCACAAGCCCAGUUGCAGGUCCAACUGAGUCUGCAUCGAUCCUCGGAGAUCAGCGCCAUACCGAUCAAUUAAAUAUCGUCACGUCUGUAUGCAUCGAGAAUGACAUGGAAACACAGCAACGUUCGGACGAUACUAAACAGCCAGCACACUCCCUACCGACCCCCACAAGCCCAGUUGCGGAGGUUCGUGAAACCGAUCCCAAAAUUGUACAAUUUGUCAAGGUUGCCCGCAGAUCAUCUAGACUAGCAAGCCGAGAGUUAGUUAAGCACGAUGAAGUGAGUAAAAAGUUAACUCAGCAACAUAUCCUUGAGAACCCAAAAGAGAUUGUUACGGCAAAGUGGUGUGCGAAAAAUGUACAAGCAAAAAAGCCAGUAAAAGCCGGACACGAAACUGUUGCAGGCCCACCUGAAUCUGAAUUGAUCCGCACAGAUUCGAUGCGCCACACCGGACCAUCAGGUUUUCUAACUGGCGUUACCAAUGUAUGCACCAAAGGCAUAAAAUCACAGCAAGAUUCUGACGAUGCUAAACAGCAAGCAAACUCCGUAUCAACCUUUACAAGUCCGGUAGCGGAAGUUUGUAGUAACGUGCCCAAAGUUGUACAAUUCGUCAGUGUUGCCCGCAGAUCGUCCAGGCUGGCAAGCCGAGAGUUCAAUCAGCACAAUGAAAAAAGUCAAAAUUCAAUCCAGCUGGAGAACCCAGAAGCAAUUAUUACAAUAAAGCAGGAAAUAGCGAAUCCAGAAGGACCGACUGAGUCUGAAUCGAUCCUCGGCGACCAGAAGCGGUCUGUAUCUAUCGCGAACGGCACGAAAACACAGCAACAUCCGGACGGUGUUAAAAAGCAAGCACGCUUCGUAUCGACUUUCACAAGCCCAGUUUCGGAGGUUUAUAAUAACCGUUCCACACAACAUGAGGUAUUAUCGAAUGAGCAUGUUCUCCAAGAAAACUGUGAGAAUUCAGCGAAUAUUCACGAUGAGCAUUCGGUGAUAUUGGUUCAGAAAAAGAGCUUGGAGCACUUUGAGGCGCAACACGGUACUCAUGAGCUAAUUCAGCGACCGCUUCAGGAGCAUUAUGCCAAUUAUUCUGAAAAGCCAAAAGCAGGCAUUCUGAAAAAGCAGGAAAGAGCGAGAAAAUGGCGAGAAAAAAAUACUCUGGCGAAAAUAUCAAAGUUUGCAAAAAAAGAACAUGAAACAGUUACAAAUACUUCCGGUUCUGAAAAAACGAUCCACAGUGAUCUGAUGUGUGACCCCGGUCCAUCGAGUAUUCGUAAUGCGGUUCCCUCUAUGUGCAUCGAGAAAGUGGUAGAAACAUACCAACAUUCGAAGGAUGCUAAACAGCAAGAGCAAAACUCCUUAGCACCCUCACCAAACACAGUUGCGAAGGUUAAUGAUAACCCUCAACACGUCGAACCAUGUCUUUUACCAUCUACGGUAAAGAAUGGGGAUACUUGGAAAGUUGUAUGCUCGCUUCCGCUGAAUGCUGUUGAAGGUUUCGUCAAAAACUACGAAUACGGAUACAGAUUUAAAGCAGAGAACACACCAAGCAAAGGACGAAUGCGGUACUUCGACUGUAGUCGAAUUAAAGUGCGUUAUAAACCGCAAUGUGAAAAAAAGUUGGUGGUGUUUAUCCCCAACUCGAACGAAGAUGCAACAAUAAGCACCAAAGGUCAGCAUUCGUGCACAACGGCACCUACCAGCCACAUUUCACGCUCGCGUUUAACCGUGGAAAAUCAACAAUUGGUGACAACGAUGCUGAAAGCAGGUAUUCCUACAAGAGAUGUGAAGGCAACCGUAAAACUGUCUAACCCCACGAUAACGAGAAACCAGUUGGCCUACGCGAUCAAGACAACAAACCGUCAAUUGUUUGGGAAUUCAGAGUUAUCGCUUGGAGAGCUUGCAUCGUGGGCGACAUCAAAAUUACCGUUCCCGCAAGAUGAUCGAGAAGGAUUUGUUGUAGCCAUUGAUAUCGACCGAGAGAAUAAUAAGUUCAGACUUGUAGUAUCUUCGAAAAAACAGUUCUCCGUUAUAUCUGCCGAUUGCACGUUCAAAGUGACAAUGGAGGGGUACCCGCUCUUAGUGAUCUGUGUAAUUGAUGCAAUGAGACAUGUGCAUCCAAUUGCUUUCGCAAUUUUGUCCAACCAGGAGACAACAGACUACCUAUUUGUAUUUCGGGCGAUAGUGGAACGAUGUAGGAGUUUGGGAUUGAAUAUUAGAAUAGAUACUUUUAUGAGCGAUGGCGAGCUGGCUUUGAAGAAUGCAGCUAGGGCAGCUUUCGGGGAAACAAUCAAUAAUUGA